AUGAAUCACGAUCCAUUUGCUUGGGGCAGACCAUCUGAUGAGACCUAUGGACAAUAUAACCAGGCUAUUGCCAAUGCAUCCAACUUCCCUAAGAUGAACACUCAACAGCCAAUUGUUACGGGUACUUCUGUUAUCUCAAUAAAAUACAACAACGGUACAAUCAUUGCAGCUGAUAGGCUAGGUGCUUACGGAUCGCUUUUGCGUUUCACCGAUGUUGACAGGUUAUUCCCAGUAGGUAAUAACACUGUUGUUGGUAUAUCCGGUGAUAUUUCUGACAUGCAGCAUAUCGAAAAGUUAUUAGAGGACUUAGAAACAGAAAAUAAUUACGACAACUCAUACGCUGACGAUGAAGAAUCUUUGAAACCAAGUUAUGUUUUCGAAUAUUUGGCUGCUGUCAUGUAUCAACGUAGAUCCAAAAUGAAUCCAUUAUGGAACGCUAUUGUUGUUGCCGGCGUCGAAAAUGGUGAGCCAUUCUUAAGAUAUGUCAACCUGUUGGGUGUCACGUAUUCCUCGCCAACAUUAGCAACCGGGUUUGGUGCACACAUGGCCAACCCAUUGCUGAGAAGAAUCGUCGACAGAGACUCUGACGUUGAAAAGACCGACUUACAGACAGCCAAAAAUGCUAUACUAGAGUGUAUGAAAGUACUAUAUUACAGAGAUGCCCGCUCUUCAAGAAAGUUCAGUCUUGCUAUUAUCGAUAAAGAUCAAGGUCUGACUCUAGAAAAAGACCUUCAAGUAGAGAAUAUGACAUGGGAUUUCGCAAAGGAUAUCAAAGGUUACGGUACCCAAAAAGUAUAA